AACGAUUCAACCCGCUCACAUCAUUCUCAAUCGCCAUCAGCUGACACAGCAUAUUUCAUACCUACCACUUCCGUACGCACACGACGACACCCUCACGAUGACCACUCACCACCCCAGAGAAUUCCCGAUCAUCCUCAUGACCGGUACCCCCGGGACAGGCAAAUCCACCCACGCACAGUACCUCGCCUCGGUGACAUCAACGUCCGAGUGCAAGUUCGAGCAUAUCAACGUCAGCGAGCUGGUCAAGGAGAAAGGGUUCCAUGAAGGGUGGGAUGAGGAGUGGAAGUCGUGGGUUAUGGAUGAGGACAAGCUCCUCGACUACCUAGAAGUUCUCCUCAAUCCCCCUUCAGGCCCCGCCCCAACAGGCUUCAUAAUCGACCACCACUCCCCCUCCCUCUUCCCCGAACGCUGGAUCGACCUCGCCGUAGUCUACACCUGCCCCAACGAUAUACUCUACCAACGUCUCGCCGAUAGGGGGUACGAGCAGAACAAGAUCACGGAGAACGUCACCGCGGAGAUCAUGCAGACGGUGUUGGAGGAGACUAGGGAGAGUUAUGCGGAAGAGAUCGUGGUGGUGCUCGAGAGCAGUGGGGUGGUAGAGGGGGAGAUGGAGGGGAAUGUGGAGAGGGUGCAAGGGUGGGUGGAGAGGUGGAUAGAGGAAGGGGCUGGGAAGGGACACGAGGGGGUGGAAGAUCGGGAGGAGAGGGAAGAGAGGGAGGGGUGA